AUUCUUCAGUCAGUGGGCUGGAACUGCAGCGGCUGCUGUAAGAGGCCAGACUAAGAGAGAGAGAUAGAGCGAGUGGAAAGAGAGCGGGUGGAGGGGCCGAGCAGCGUCUGGGUCAGCCUGGUCUGUCAUCUCAGACAAUCUGAGAGCGAGCAAGCGAAUGAGAGCGUGUGUGAGUGUGUGUGCGUGUGUGCAUGUGUGUGUGUGUGUGUGUGAGAGAGAGAGAGAGAGAGAGAGGGAGCGCAGCAGGAGAGAGGAGGUAGAGAUGUCAGAGGAUGUGGUUUUCCUGAGCUUGCAGAACACAGCGCAGGCAUAGUUUGAGCAUGACCUCAACGCAGACACGCAAAGUGAGCUCUCCACGCUCUGUUUAGCCCUCCGCAGGACUGUAACCAGUGGGAUUCCGAGGAAACAGAGCCACACAAAAAGUGCUCUCGGAAGAACAGAUCUCGGACUCGGUGUAUUCUGGAGCUCCAGGACUUCACGCAGGAAUUUGGGAAUUUUGCACACACACUAGUUCCCAUCCUUCCCCUUGCUUCAUGCCGUUCAUGAACUUGGCAGAGAAGACGUUCUCUGAUCGCUGAGACUUGACGCACCUGUGGAUCCACAACGGCAAAGCAGGAUCAGUGUGCACUGUGACAGCAGAGAUGGGUUGUGGGCUGAGGAAGAUCCGUCAGACAGACGACAGCAGUCCAGGGAAGAUCUACUCGACCCUGAAGAGACCGCAAGUGGAGACCAAGAUCGGAGUGGCCUACACUUACUGCCAUGUGGACUUCUUGGUAGGAAAAGAAGAUGUGACGUCGACCCUGUGCCUGUCCUCGGUACGGGAGCUGCCAUCCCAGCUACAGGAUCUAUACCAGCAGGGCUUUGUCCUCAUAGCUGUCCAUCCCUUCGUCCACCCCUGUGGCCCGGAGCUUGCCAGCGUCCAGCGACAGCUUUAUCGAGCGGUGCUCAGCAAAGUGCCCGAAAGUUCGGAGAAAAGUCCAUCAGAGUUCGAGCCUUACCAUCUGAAGCUGGAGGAGUGCCUGUCUGCUGAUCAUAUUCCGACCUCGGAGCACAUCCAAGGAUAUGUGAAAAAACAGAUUCAGGAUGCAGCUGACCAGGGAAUCAUGUUUUCCGGCUUCAUCCAGGAACCAGCAGGCCUCCACCCUCGUGUCACAUCACGAGGAGGCCUUGGAGAGGCGUCCCUGUCUUUGCACUCCAGUCCGAGUUCUCUACGCUGCUCUGAGCUCACAGCAAGCCCAAGUCAUCAGGGGGAGAGCGGCACCGAGGACUGGGCCGCAGAUGGAGAGACGGAAGAGCCAAGAACUUCUCGAGAUACAGGUGGAGACACUCUCUCAGAUGUGAUGUCCACUGUUUCCAAAUCAGAGUGUUGUGACGGUGAGCAGGAAGAUGUACCGUCGCCCAACGACAAGGCCAAAGAUAAGGAGGGGAAUGAAAAACCCAGCAGGCCCUCUCUAGGCAAAUGUGGUGCUGAACUUUUCGGCUUGUUUAACUACCCGGGUGGGCGUCAGCAGCCGCUGAAGUACUACACGGUGAAGGUGCCUCUGCGGGUGCAGCCUGGUGAUGAGGGCAGUCACGCCAUCGAGGCCCAAUGGCUGGACCACAUGACGCAGCACUUCAACAACGGAGCCUCGCUGGUCGACGGCUACUUCAGUCUGGGCAAAGACGACGAUCAGCUGCCUAAGGUCAUCGACGGUGUGUUUAUUUUCCAAGAGGGAGACUCCAGUGCAAGUACAACUUACGAUGCCAUUGUGGUCGAACAGUGGACCAUCAUUAACGGGGUUCAGGUGAAGACAGACUACAUCCCUCUCCUGCAGUCUCUGGCUUCAUUCGGAUGGAGGCUCACCUGUGUGUUGCCCACACCCAUCGUCAAGACCAACAGUGAUGGAAGCGUGUCCACUAAGCAGAUCGUGUUCUUCCAGAGACCAACACUGCCCCUCAAGAGGAGACACUCAAAGAAAAUCAUCUUCAGAACCCGAAAGAACUCAAGCAAGAACUCGGUGAAAGACACGCUAAAAAACAAGAAGAAGAAGAACACAGCAGAGAAGGAGCUGGACGAUCAGAAGAUCCAGGAUGGAGUGGGGAAGGAGGGCAAAGAGAACACAGAGACGGCAAAUGAGAAUAAUGGCGCAAAUGAGGGAGGAGACAAUGACGAGACAGACAGAGAGACGAUGCAGAAAGAGCCAACAGAUCUGGAGGAAAGGGAUGAGAAAAUGGAGGAGGAGGAGGUGGAGGAGGAAGUGAGGAGAGAGAUGGACGGAAAGAAAUCGACUAAUGGAAAGCAAGAAGAGGCAGAUGAUGAGAUAGAGACACUUUCUGAUGUGAAAAAUGGAGAGAUGGAAGGUGAAGAGGUGAAGAAUUGUGGAGAGGAAAACUACCAUCUGCAUAAUGGUUUAGAUGAGCAAGAGCCAUCAACCAAUGAGGCGCAAGAUGAAAACGGCAUUGAUGCGGACAUCAAUUUAGCUAAUCAGGAGUAAGAAUUUUGCUGCCAUGAAUGUCACACAAAAACCUCGUCUUUUCUCAUAGUCCGCGCUGAAUGCUUUUGAACCGGGGUGAAAAUGAACGGUUCUCACUGCGACUAAGGUUUUUAUCAGUAUAAGCACUGGAUUUUAAGACCACAUGAGGAUGUGUAUGAUGUAUAUAAGGAGCUCAAGACUGAUGACACUUUUUCUUCACCUUGCUCUCAACUUGUUCAAAAUCGACUAAGCAGCAGAUGCAUCCAGUGGACUUAAAUAACAUGAGGAAUGGUGGAGACCAUUUUUGCGAAAGGCAAUCUGUUCUAAAGAAGAUAUCGUCACCUCCUUUUGUUUACAUGUCUAAAUAUGAAUGCUGAGUCACCAGUUUACGGGGUUCGGCAACGUUCUAGCCACAACCAGUGACCAGUUUAUCAGGUCUUUACCUUAUAGGCCACUUAGUGUGUACAUGGGAAUACACCCUGGAGGAGACACCAACCCAGAACCAAAUAUUACCAACAUCCAUUAAGUCACCAGUAAGCCUCAUUCUAUUGCACCAUCGAGACCAUUAAACUGUAGGACAUCCAUUGGAAAACUAUAAAACCAUCACAUGCACAUAGAGCCACUGGCCCCAAGGACCAGUAAUAUUGUGAUAUCUGGUAUGUUGAACCAUUAAAAACCAUUACGAACCAUUAUGGUCCAUUACAAACCACCAAGAACCAACAGAAACUUGACCAUGCACACUGUACUCUAUUUAUCAAUGGAAAAAGAUCACCAAAAGGUUCACAUCUGACCAGAUAUUACUUAGGAGCCCCUGUGGUGAUCCUGUUGAAUUGAUAAAUGGGGUUGUGUAAUCCUUUAGAAAACCAUAACACCAUCAAAUGCACCUAGUACCAGUUAUUGGUCCCUUGGUUCAAAACUAGGACCAUUUACGUUUUAAUAUUUUAGUGUUCUAACUUAUUAUGAACCAUUACAACCCAUUACAAACAACCAGGAACCAACAGAAUUUGGCCAGCCCUACUCUACCCCAUUUUUCAAUGGAAUGAGAUCACCAGAGGACCAACUCUGGCCAGAUAUUACUUAAAAAAUAGUCCAUUUUCAGCAGUACUUAUGAAUAUAUAUAUGUAAAUGAGCUGCUAUAAGGUAUUAGUCACCUAUGUGUUAGCUGUACCUGAUAAAAUGGACAAUCGUUGUAGCUAAAAUGCAGAUGUACCUGAUAAACUGGCAACUCAGUGUAUACAGUUAUACUCCUACAAUGCACACUGAGUAGAACAAUGUUUUGAGCUGUCAGCAUUAGAGGAACAUUUUGAUGCCAGCCGAAAGAAGUGUUUCAUAUUUAGAGACAAUCUACGCUGACUCUGCAACAGCCUUUUUUUUCUUUUGGUGUAUUUCUGACUCACCGAGGUAAUGAAUGUCAAAAUCCCCCGAUGUCUGCAAAAUCUCCAGAAACCAAAAUGAACAGCUCUCAAGAGCAUGACAGGCAAAUGAGGUCCUAAUCCUCUCUACCACAAAGCAACUGUUACCACGCAAGCAGCGAAACAUCCAUUUUCAGGCACCUAAACUAAACGUCUGUGACCUUUGGAGCAUCACAGGAUAAGGACGCACCCAUUAGCUGAAUGUCAUGACCGCUCAUUUAUUUGUAACAAGCGAUGGGAGUUUCAUUCAACUCUCGAUCCAUAAUUCAUUUCACGCUCUGACAGCAGAUGUAUGCUGUCAUACGACUCAAAGCGUGAAUUUCUGUCCGUGUUAAAGAUGUUACGAUUUCAAAAGAAGAGCUCUUGUCAAGGGUGUUUGAAGCCGACGCUGCGCCCCUGCCAGUCACAGCUGAGGGGAUUAUGAUGAAAAACGACAGGGAGAAGAAUUUUAGUGAUCACAUGAUGCUGACUGUAACUUCCCGGACGAAGAUUAAGCUCGGGAGUCGAAGCGAUUUUCCACGGAGAAUCACCAGUGACGCUACCGAUUAGCACAAGACUUAAUCUGUGCUCAGGAAACUGGCCAAGCUAGUGUUUUUAAUGCCAGUUAUUUCGUGUGGCGAGGGGAACAGAAUAACAGAUAAAUGCGUGUGGACUGUGGGCUGACGCUGUUUACCCACAGUAAUUUAUCCUGGCUCCUUGUGUCCUCGCGGUUCGGCAUUUCUUUCCAUGUUUGGUUCGUUUCUAUUGAGAUGUGAUGCGUUUCACUUUUACAAUUUCCAGUCUCGCAUUUCGAAUAAGCAGAGGAGUAAUAUGAGGUAUAGCAUAUACGCAAGGGUUAAAGACGAAUAGGAACUGUGCUGUCAUAUAUGUCAUAUAUGUCAUAUAUUCAUAUAUAUAUAUAUAUAUAUAUAUAUAUAUAUAUAUAUAUAUAUAUAUAUAUAUAUAUUUAUAUAUAUAAUCGACUUAAAAAUAAUGAAAUGAAAGAAAACUGAUAAAUGAAAAAGAAACUUGAAUAGUGUUUUAAUAGCAUGAAAACACAUGCUCACAAGAAUUUUUAGAGAAAAAAAAAUGAAUUAUACCAGCAAAAAAUAAAGACAGCAGUGAUAAUGUUUUUUGGUUGUGUAUAAUUCUUACAUUAGUUCCAUACAUCAUCUAUAGCUACAAAUGUGCCUUAUACAGAGAUGGACCAAUUGCUAGCCCAGAUUUAGUGUUUUUUUUUCAUAGUUUCUCAGUGGACAUGUAGGUUCAACAACCAGAGAAAGAAAAUAAAUCUGACUAACUAUUGCCUUUCUCAAAACGAACAUUUUUAUUUGGUUUGAAGCUAAGUUUAAAUAUAAUCACUAGAGUUGCUGUAAGUAUUGUUCGCACUAAUCGUUCCGAAUCCCACCGCCUGCUGCGCUACACACAUCAGCAGAGGCAUGAUCUGGUUAGCAGAAUGAUAUUUGUGAGCCAGAUUAAUUAGUGUUCACGUGAGCAUAGCGUUACAGAUGAUCUUUUCAAAAUCAGGAACAUGCAGGUAUGUGGAAACUGACGAAAUUGAGCAAAAUAAAAUUUGGCGCAAAGCCGUCUUAUAACUCGCACAAUACGUCACAUUAAACAUACUGAGAGAAAAUAAAGAUGCUCACCAGACUCAUAUAAUAUCUUUCAUGUGCGAUGCAAGGACGAAACACCGCUAAUGACUUGCUGACAUUUUGUUGAGUGAGCAAACAUGAUGCGCGAAACUUUUGUUAGAAGAGGAUAAUAAUCAUCUACAUUUAACAUUUUCAUUUAACUUCAUCUAAGUGCACUAAACCAGCUAACGAGCUCACAAAUAUAAUGUUGUUAUAUUACGUUAGCUGCCACUAUUUAUUCGAGUCAAUCUGAUUUCCGGGCAACAAAAAUAUCAGAGCUUUUCUUGUGAGCUGGAUAAUGAAUUUAUGGUUUGUCCAUCCCUGCUUAUGAUUUUUUGACAAUUUUCUGCAUUUCAAAAAUAACACAUUUGUACAACGGCUAAUAUGAAGCCAUUUUUCUUUUCUUUUUUUCACAGUUUUGCACACCCUAUUUCGUCUUUGACCCAUAAAUAAACGUAAAGUUUGAUUCAUUCCGUAUCAACCUAAAUAAAGCAGAGACACUUUGUUCAUGUGAAGGUUUCCUCGGUUCAACAAUACUAAGUGACCUUUUUUCUCGUGUCUUGUGAUGGAGCAGCAUAGCUCGAUGGAAUGUUUUAUCAUCGUUAUGUGAUGUCGUUAUUGUCUCUCCCAAUGUUUAUUAUUAACAAACAGAAAAAAGAACAUUCCAUAUUCAUCUUGGUUUUUUUCAUCCGCUCAUCCACAGCUCUUUUUAAUACUGAACUGAUAAUUGUUAUGUUCUUCUGACAGGUGGUUAAGUGUACUUUGUGUUCCGCUGCUGUCUCGUCUGCCGCGUGUGUAAUUCAGGUUGUCUGUCAUACACUUUGUCUGUAGUGCUGAGAUAAGAUUCAUUAAUGUUGACUUGCAGUCAGGUUUAGAGCGCUCUGUGAAUCGUGACUACCUGAAAGGGCCUUAACCAAAAUCCGCCGUUGCUUCGUAGAUGCUGGACGUCAAACGGGAUGAAUGUGUUUAGACGAUAAAUGGUUUGUGUCUGCUCGGUGUAUAACAAACAUACUGCCUCCAGUGUUUUGUCAUUUGUUAUGCGUACAUGAAUACAGUCGUGACCCCGCCAGCUUUCCAUAAAGGUGCAUUUCUAUCUUGGUCGAUUCCUCCUCCUGCAAACGAGCCAGAAAAAAAACAAGCGCAGGAGACAAAGCCUAGUGACAUUUACCCCCGCUGCGGCUAAUGGACUACUCGACCCCCGUCUGGAAUGUUCUUGCCCCUUGUGGACAGAGCUAAUAUGCACUUUGCUCGUUUUUACGCAACCUUUUCAUGUGUCAAAAAACUGCAGCGGUGCAGAGAGAGGUCAUUACGCAUAAUAACCCAUGGUUCCUUCAGUCCAUUUCCUGUUUGCUUUGUUUCCUGGCGUGCUAAAAGGGGACUGAGGCAGAAAGGCCGUAGGAGGUUUUGUCUGCUUCUGGUCUCUGUAUGGAAAAAAGAUGUUACUCUUAAAAAAAAAAAAAAAAAAAAAAGGUUGCAUUUUGGAGGUCGUUCACUUUUUUUAAUAUAAUUAAUAUUAUUGUUGUCCAUCGCAGCCAUUUGUAUAGCAUUAUCUCCAUAAGCACAGCCUGUAAGUAAUUGGACAUGAUCACGUUUUUUUUUGUUUCUGACACACUGGAUUGGUAAAAUAAUAGCGACUAUGAGAUUAAAGUGCAGACAGUCAGCUUUAAUUUGAGGGUAUUUAUAUCUACAUUAGGUGUGAGUUCAGUAUUCAGUCAGCUUCUUUUCAUAUCCAAUGUGGAGAGCUAAAUAACAAAAACCGUGUCAGCGUCCAAGUAUUUACAGUCUGCAAUGUAUGUUAAUGUCCCCUGUACAAUUUGUAUAUUAUAAAUAUGAUUUAUUUUGGUUUGCGUUUGAGUAAUUCUGACAUAAAUAUUCUAAAUAUGCUUAUUGUA